GGUAAAACUGUGGUGCUGCUGCUGAUGGCCAUACAGUGGCUGCGGUGUGGUCACCACGUCUACGUUGUCAGUACGUGGACUGGGAGUCGUGCAGCGUGCAGCAUGUUGUAUCACCUGUUGCUGCAGGACAUUGCAAGCAAGCGGCACACAGCAGGUGUGUCAACUGGUCAGCCUCGCCUCCUGCAGUAUGACUUUGAAUUCGAUGAAGACGUGGUGCAGGCCGUCAACGACUUGUCACGAGCGGCAAAAGAAAAUUUGUUAUACAUCAUCGCUGAUGAGACAAUCCCUGGGUACGGGACAAAGUCAAAUUUCCAUAACUUCUCUAACAACUUGUUGACAAAAGUUCCUGAUCUCCAUCUGUGGGCUGCAAACUGUUACCACGAAGUUGCCCCCGAUGGCUGGCAAGUGGAACAUUUAACCAGACCCCUCCGCUCUCCACCGACCGUCGUCAGGGAAGUCGAGCAGGACGAUGAAAUCACCAAACUUCGUCGUGUCCACCCGUACAGUGAGCGAGGUGUACCCGACCACACAGACGGCCCGCCAGUCACACGACUUUAUCACCGAGGUCAGGGUCACUCAGGUGACUGGCCAGUUGACUGUGUGACGUGCGGUCGUGAGUUGGCCAGCCUCCUACACAGUCUACGAGUCAACUCUACAGACAACGUCAAGACAACAUCGACUACAUUUACCCACACCAGCGGCGGUGCACGACCAGCCUGUGUGCAGUGGAGACACGUGCUGCUGCUGUACUGGCGAGUUCUUAGCGACAGUUCACACAUGAUGACGGCGCUGAGAGAAGCGGGUAUCCCAGUGCGGGUGAUGAAGGAUGACGACAUCGACGACGUGGCCACGGCCCGCAGUGACGUGGUGUGGGUGGCAGAGGGAGAUCGAGUUCGUGGUCUGGAGAGAAAAGUCGUCGUGUGUCUAGGGAGCGUUGAUGAUGUUGAUGCCCGACUUCAGGUCAUUUCACGAUGUACAUCACAACUUGUAAUUUACCAAACUCAAGAUGAGUCUUGACCUUCAACAUUAAUAUAAUUCCAUUCCGGAAAUUAACCUAGACUGUAGGCAAAGGGAGAGAAGUUACUAGAGUUGUCUUACUUGAGUCCUGUCUCUCAAUACAGGCUGAUAGCUGAAUACUGGCUACGUGUGUGUGUGUGCCAUGAUUUGUUCGACUUUGUCCGCCAGUUCACCAAAAAUAUCUCAUUCAGUUUUACAACAACAUUUAUUUUAUUUUUCACACACGAAGAUCGUUGUCGCGACUGUCACGUGUCGCCAGCUGCAGGGGAGGUGGAGGUGCAGGGGCAAGGAGGGGGGCCGGCGGUUAGUCAGGUAGUUACUAAUUUAUUGUGUUUGUAGGAGAGGGCUGGCGUGUCGUGCAUCUCUCGGCGGAGACAGUUGAGUAGGUAACAGACCCGCUCUGUAGUAUUCGCCAAAAUCGUGAUAAUCGACAUGUUCAACCCAUCGUCACUGCAACACUUCCUUACAGAGUAUUGACAAGACCUCAAGAGGAUAACAUGUGUGAUGGUGAGAGUUCAUGCGAAACUGGUUGAAGGUUCACUGCAAAUCUCAUUUACGUCCUUGUUCCUGGGCUUUCACAAUUCCUUUGAGUUUAUUAGCAGAGAGGACGACUCUGCAACUAUGAGAGAAGGCCCGUUUUUUCUCAAAUGUUUUGUGCGAGAAUAAUUUAUUAUGUAAGAAAAUAAACGAUAAUAAAACCAUUUUUUAUAUAAAUGAAAGAGCAACAAUUAUAUAUAAUAUUUUGUCGUGUGUACUAUUUAUGUUACUAUAUUGAUAUUUAAUCUAGAAAUGACGUAGUUUCUCUCUCUCUAGAGAUUACGUCAUUUACGCGGGUUACGUCAUUUACGCGUGUGCAGGUGGGAGCUUGGGCUCGUGGUUGCUGUGAGGCGUGAUUGGUUGUGGUGUGUCAGGUGGCAUGACUGGCCAAUGGAACGUGGGUUUGUACAGAAAGAUCUAGAGAGGCAAGCUCAGCGGUUUUUGGCUAGAAACUUCUGGGAAGUGACAUCAGCGUCAGGGUCUGUCGCAUGCAGCUUUUGUGGAGUAAAGUUGACUGAAGUCGGCUUGAAGCUGUGUAAGUUCUUCACUGCAAUCCUGCCUGAGAAGUGUGUCGACUUAAAAGUUGAUUUCAGAGGUUCGUUGACCCGCUCUGUAACGGAGUGUAUAGUGCUACAGUACCGGCAGCUGUUUGGUGAAACCAGCAGAACUGUAUCUGGUGAAUGAACGUCGGACUCUGAGAGGUGCUGCAUUGAAUCAACGUCCAGAUCUGAAGGGACGGAAGAGCCGGGGUGACACACGGCAAGACAAGAGCUUGAGCGCCACGAGUGAGUCUGUGUAAACAUGACAGUGUCAGAGUCUGUGUAAACAAGCCAGUGCCAGAGUCUGUGUAAACAAGACAGUGCCAGAGUCUGUGUAAACAAGCCAGUGCCAGAGUCUGUGUAAACAAGACAGUGUCAGAGUCUGUGUAAACAAGACAGUGCCAGAGUCUGUGUAAACAAGACAGUGCCAGAGUCUGUGUAAACAAGACAGUGCCAGAGUCUCUGCGCUGGAGACAGAUAAGCCGCUGCCACUGACCGUGACCCAAACAGUUCUGGGACGUCGAGCAGAGGAGGCCUCCACGGUCACGUGACUAUUGGUGUAACGAGAUAAGUGGCGAGCGUGUGUUGUACGAAGUAGUGUGUUGUGUGUGUAGUUAGAUUUAAGGUUAAUUGAACAGUGACUCAUUAGAUAUCUGGACACAUUAGAUGCAAGGGGAAACAACUGGGAACUGGACGACCUAGGGGACCAGCCAAGCUAGGGGAGACAACUUAUGACCAAGUUACCUGUUCUGGAGUAUUCCGUUAUAUUGGUAAAUUAUAGUAAUCUUUAAAACGUACUAAAUUGCCUUGAGUUUUCUUUCAUUGGGGUGAUGCAUGCUGGGGACUCGUGUAAAGCUAGUUAUAGAGUAGAUCUGCAAUUUAGUACAAGCGCAUGUAGUGAAAUGUCGACGUGAUUGGGUGGGGAUGUCGGCGGUGUGUUAGAGUGUCAGAUAUCAUACCGCCUACUAAAUCAACGGACCCCGCCCCAGAUUUGCGACACACAGAAACGCACAAUAAUUGAAACAAAAAAUGUCCUCCCCCAACCCCAAUUAAAACAUCAGUAGAUUUCUUCGCCUUUGAUUUUAAUUAGUCAUACAUUGUAUGAGUACUGUAUGAUUGUGUCUGUGCCGCCAAUUAUCUUAUAAAUACCAAGAUGGCACUUGGAGAAAUAAAGCUUCCUCUGCCCUCC